UAUGACAUUACUAGGCUACACUUCCAAAUGUUCCCCGCCAACGCAAAAUCGCGCUUGGUGCAUUGAUGUAGAGGGCCAACGUGAAUGCUGAGCAGACAACUGCAAUUCCCUCCAGUUUCACCAUCAACUUGGACACGUUUGUAUACACUAUCGUGAACUGGUAUAAUUAGAGUGAACGGCAUGACGACGGUGUAGAUAAGCACAUUUGGGGCUGUUCAUGAGCGUCUAGCUUCUUGGGCCAUUUCAUUUUACACUAGCCGCUGAUCAAUAUGUCCGUAACGGGAACUGCUGGUGGCCGCAUUGCGCCGGGCGUGGGCGCGAACCUUAUUGGCCAGCAUGCACAGGACCGCAACCAGGAAGCGACGGUCUAUGUUGGAAACAUAGAUGUUCAGGUGACGGAGGAGCUCGUUUGGGAGCUCUUUACACAAGCUGGGCCUGUCGUCAAUGUCUACAUGCCCAAAGAUCGGGUUACGAACCAGCAUCAGGGAUACGGUUUUGUGGAGUUUAAGGACGAGGAGGAUGCGGACUAUGCCAUUAAGGUGCUCAACAUGAUCAAGGUGUACGGCAAGGCCAUCCGUGUCAACAAGGCGAGCCAGGACAAGCGGCAGGCGGAUGUGGGCGCCAACCUCUUCAUCGGCAACCUGGACCCGGAUGUGGACGAGAAGCUGCUGUACGACACAUUCAGCGCGUUCGGUGUGAUCGUGAACACACCCAAGAUCAUGCGCGACCCCGACACCGGCAACUCGCGCGGCUUCGGCUUCGUCAGCUACGACUGCUUCGAGGCGAGCGACGCCGCCAUUGAGGCCAUGAACGGGCAGUACCUGUGCAACCGGGCCAUCACGGUGUCGUACGCGUUCAAAAAGGAUACCAAGGGCGAGCGGCACGGCACCCCCGCCGAGCGCCUGCUGGCCGCCCAGCAGCGUGAGAAGCAGGCGGCGCAGAGCCGGCCCAACCAGCUGUUCGCGGAGGGGCCCAAGCUGAAGGGGCAGCAGGUCGGGCAGCCGCCCGCGGGGCCCGUGCCGGCACUGGCGCCCUCGGGCUACGCGGCGGGCACCCCCAUGAUGCCCCCGCCGCCCUCGCAGCCGGGGGGCAUGCCACCGCCAGGUCCGUACGGCGCAUCCCCGCCGUACGGCAUGCCGCCGCCGCCACAACAACCCUGGGGUCCCCCAGGCGGCUACCCUCCGCACAUGCCCCCAGGACCCUAUCAGCCUCAGGGCUAUCCGCCACCGUACGGCAUGCCGCCGCCUCCUUACGGCAUGCCGCCCCCGCCAUCAAUGCCGCCGCCACCGGGCUACGGCAUGCCGCCGAUGGGCAUGCCGCCGCCGCCUCAAGGGUACGGCAUGCCCCCACCGCACGGCAUGCCGCCGCCACCGCCGCCCUCAUACGGCAUGCCCCCGCCUCCGCCGCCGGGCAUGGGGCAGCAGCAGCCUCCGCCUGGCAUGCCGCCUCCGCCCCCGCCGCCACCGCCGUCCGGCAUGCCACCGCCUCCGCCACCUCCUGGCGGACGAUGAUGAGUGGUGACAGUAGUCUGCGCCACCGUACCUUGCGCUUACGGCUGCUCUCUUACGGCUGCCAUUGCAGCAGCGCAGCUCCUUCGCCAGCGGCACUGCCUGAAUGCCGGGAUGGUAGUAGGGCCUUGGAGCCCCUAGGUGGGGUGGGAGGGCCUUGUUAAGCGGGUUGGCCGGUAACAUGCGUUGUACGACAAGUUCGGAGUUGUGAAGGGAUUAUGGACCCGUACAAUGUACUUGAUGUUUUGGAGCGUCGGCUGUGCAAAGGAGGGAGCUUACGCGCGAGAGAGAAAAGAAUUGAUACAGCUCGUACACCUUGCUAACAGUUGCCUAGUGCUGUUAAUCCGCCGGAUUUCGAGCUUUAUACUGACACGCUUGCGGGCUGCUGUGCGGAGGUUGCGUGAUGCCAACAGUGCCUGUUCGGCACGCAGCGUAGCCAGUGUGGUAGCUUCAGUUGCAGGGCUGCUGCUGUCCUUUACGUAAUGUACUGCUUGCAAGCCUUCAUUCCUGCGGGGAACGUGCAUGCAAGGUUACCUGGAAUUGUCGGUAUAGGUUGGCUGUAUGUUGGCAAAGGUUAUGACCCGUGUCAAGCAUGGGGAGUGGGCAUGACCUGCCGGACAACAGAAGUGUACAGCACCUGCCACUGGCGGC